CUCCCAUGCGAAACCAGCGGUGCUGGAGCCCAGCGACACCGUAUCAUUCCUCACCUGGAUGUCACGUCCCAACUAACGGCUGUAUAAUUACCGUUUUCAUCUGAGAACGGUGCUCCGAAUUAAAGAGGCUAUAGAUGCAUUACCAUAACGCAACAUUGGAGCAAAAUGGACGGUCCGAUGGACGAAUUAUUUGAGACUAAUAAAUUGUACGAAAAUAUUUAAAUCAAGGAAAAAGUAAAUCAGAAAAUGGAGGACACGUCACUGGAGGACCAUUACAACCUGACAGAAGAAUAUGUCCCCUACGAGGAAAGGUUGGAGACGUACAUCGUGCCAGUCGUUUUCGCCAUGAUAUUCCUUGUCGGGGUGCUUGGCAACGGGGCACUGGUGCUCAUCUUCGUCAGGCACCGCACUAUGAGAAACGUGCCAAAUACGUACAUCCUGAGUCUGGCUUUGGGUGACCUGCUGGUCAUCGUGACGUGCGUCCCAUUCACCUCGACCCUGUACACGAUCGAAUCCUGGCCGUACGGCGAUUUCGUCUGCAAGCUGUCCGAGGUGACGAAGGACGUUUCGAUCGGAGUGUCCGUCUUUACGCUGACCGCUUUGAGCGCCGAGAGGUACUGCGCUAUAGUCAACCCGAUACGCAGGCACAUAUCGACUAAACCGUUGACGAUUUUUACCGCCGUAGCCAUUUGGAUAUUGUCUGUCCUUCUCGCUUUACCAGCCGCAAUUUUUUCCAACGUACGGACGGCUGACCUCACGGAUAACAAGACCAUAUAUUAUUGCACUCCUUUUCCAGAAAAGUACGGGACGCCUUACAUUCAGGGCGUAGUGAUGUUCAAAUCAUUCGCGUACUACGCCGGCCCGCUUUUCAUAAUAGGAGGCUUUUACGUUCUCAUGGCGAGACAUUUGGUCUUGAGCACAAGGAACAUGCCAGGGGAGUUGCAGGGGCAAUCGAACCAGGUCAGGGCGAGGAAGAAAGUGGCUAAGAUGGUAUUGGCCUUCGUCAUCAUAUUCAUCGUCUGCUUUCUGCCGUACCACAUAUUUAUGCUGUGGUUCCACUUCUCUCCGAGCGGGGAACAGGAUUACAACCGGUUUUGGCAUACUUUUCGAAUAGUGGGCUUCUGCCUGAGUUACAUCAACUCCUGCAUCAAUCCGAUCGCCCUGUAUUGCGUCAGCAAAGCCUUCAGGAAACACUUCAACCGCUACUUGCUCUGUUGGUGCAAGCACAACGAGCGCAGCGACGACAUGUCCAUGGUCCACAGGAACAGCUCGUCGAGACACGCUCGGCAGAAUUCCAUUAUAACGAGUCACUAUGUCAUCAGCCAUUCCGAAAAGACUUGACAUUCCCUUUGCUGUCGAUCGAGCAAUUCGCGUUAAGUUAGUUAAUUUUUUAACUUAUUAUCUACUUAACUUAUUUUACUAUUAAUUUAGUAGAGUAGAGAAAGUAGUAGUUAGUCGGAUCGAUUUUACUAUUGUGUUCUUGUUUCAUAAUUACAAUGACGACCAAUCUUCUUCGUUCCAAUUCCGCUUACCUAGUCAAAAAUACCUACAGAACUUUGGUAUUUUAAAGGUAUCAUCGAUUUUCACUUUUCAAGUGUCAUUUAGGGUUAAAACGAAAAUUAGUAUUUAUUGAAUGUUUGUAAUCGUGCAUUUUUUCUUUGACAAAUUUUAAAUAAUUUUAGUGGGUGAAGUGGGCACGAUCUCUUUUUAUUGUCAUCACAGCCGACGUUAAAUAUCUCAAGUUCAAUUCAACAAAAAUGUAUUUCAUAUAAUUGCAUGUAUUUAAAUUGUUUAAGGUUGUUGUAACCAACACCGAUCUCGAAACAUUACCCGAAUUAUAGUAGCGACGGUUGCCAAUAGUUAACAUUCCUUUGGCAAAUAUUGAACUGAAAUUUCGUCAUGCUAGGUUGGUUUGUCAGAAGCAUUUCGUAAAUUCGCCAUAUUCAGUUAGUCUGUGUGAAUCUGUGAAGUCAAAUCUCUUUUAUAAAAUCUUGAGUUUUUACGCCAUUAUCUUUAUUUAUCGGCGCCAAUGAUGAUUUAUGUCUGAGGGUUUUUUAUUGUAGUAAUUGUUAUUGGUAAAGUGUUUGGAAUGGUGUAAAUAGUGUAUGUGAACUGUCGGUUGUGUAUUAAAUGUGUUAUAUUUGUAUAUUUUUAUGUAUGUUUAUUUUUCGUCCUUUUUAUACGUUGUAUAGUAGUUACCACUUGCCCUGUUGAAAAUUCAUGUUAGUUUUCUGUGAGGAGAGUCGCGCAGUUGAAUUUUCCCUCCUUGGCCCUAAACGAUAUUUUCUGUUAUUUGUAUUUGUCUUUUAUUUUUCGUGUUCUUAUUUUGCAUUCGCGAAAUGAAGAAACGCGAAGACCAAGCCAGAGAGGAUAGACAGACCAACAUGAUCAGCAAUCUUCGAAUUUCAGUUCAUCACACUGCAUACAGCAUAAAAAAAUCUCACAAGUGUUAAACUGUUUGUAAAACUUAAGUAAUUAUUCUUACGCAUUGAAUGAUUGAGAGAUGAGAUUUAUUUAAUAGUUACUUUUGUGUAUUGAUGUUAGUGAUACAGGUAAAAAUAAUUACACGAAUUAUUGAAUAAAUUUCAUAUGUCAUACAUAUUACUAAUUACCAGUGUAUAGAUGAAUGCUUUAGAACAAAUUUUGGUUCAAAACUUUUUUUUUUCAACUAGUAACAUUAUAUCGCCAAAAAUUAUAAAUGUUUUUCAUUCUUUAAAAAGCAUGUAAUAAUGUCUAUUAUAAUGUAAUAAUAGCUAUACAUUUUUCUUUGUAAAUAUAUUGUUUUUUGACAGUCAACUGUGUGACUGAAUAUUAGUUAUUAAUUUCGACUAAGUGAAUUUGAUUUUUCUUUUAAUUUUUGGUUAUUUCAGGCUGAUUGAACAAAGCAAAAACUAUUUUCGUUUCAUGUACGUGCAUAAUUAAAACGAAAUUAACCCUAUUUUUCCCAAUGUUGAGUCAGGGCAACACCAAAUUUAUCUAAUUUGUUAAAGCUAAAUAAUCCCAAGGGUUUAAGGCAGGUGCAGUGGUUUUUCUUUCAUUGUUUCAUCUUUUGUAUUGACAACACUGAUUUUGUUGGCGCCGAUCUUGGUAUCUUCUAAAUGUAACAUGUCUCCCACCACCACUACUUAGUAUCCAUUGUUAUAUUUGCCCAACAUUAAAUUUUUCAUAUCCAGUUUAUAAUUCAACCCAAAGUUGUUUCAGAGCAAUUUUAACUUUAGCAAUUUUGUUUACGGUUUGCAGGAAAUCAUUGGGUUCAGGGCGGGCGCAAUGUGGUUCCUGCUCUGAGCCCGUGUAUUGGCGACACUGAUUUAUCUGGCGCCAAUCUAAACUCUCUACCACUAAACUCACGGGAUAUCCCGCUAUACUUUUAAUAAAAUUGCUCUAAGACAAUAUUACGCCAUAAGGGAUUAACCAAAAAAGAUCUAUAAAAUAUGAUAAAUAAUAUUUGGGCUAUAAUGUUAUUUUUGUAAUAUAUUUGAUAUAUUUUCAAUAAUAUUGAAUGUGAAUGAAUGAGAAACGAAUUUUAUCAUAUGUUAUCAGUGUUCUCUUGCAGUAUAGGUAGAUUUAUAAAAGUUGAUAGCUUCAACCAAUAAAAAUUAAUUAAAAUAUUUCCAAUAUGUUUUCUUUCUAUACAUAAUGUUAUAUAAAUAUAGUAAAAAGUGUUUUUAUUGUAAAAGUGUAUUAUAAAAUCGUCGUAACUGUCAUCCGUAAUGUAUAUACGCUAAAGUCUGUAAAUUUGAAUGAAGAGAAAUAUUUUACAUAUACUGAAAUUAAUGAAAUUUCUACGAAUUCUGUUUGUCCCAUUUUUUAAAGUAAAAUUUUUUGCCUAUCAAUGGAAAACUUUAACAUUACGAGUUAGAUUUUAUUUACAAAAACUUUUAUUUUUAAUAAAGGAUAUAAAAUUCAAACUUUGUGAAAUUGUGUGUGAAACUAAUUGUACAAUUAAAACAAAGAUAAAGCAUUUUUAAACAAUAAGUGUAUUUUAGAUUUAGUGAAAAUUUAGCUAUUAGAAUGGGGAAGAUAAUACGCAAUAUGACUUAUUUAGAAAUUGAAUAAAUAUAAUUCGUGCGUAAAAUGUUUUUUAGCCGUCUUUAUAUUCGAAAUUAAAUGUUAUUUUUGCACUGUGUGUGGAUGACAGAAUCAACUUGUAUUCUCUUGUACAAUAAGUGAAACAAAAACCAAAAUUUAACUUGUUUUUUUUUCGUUACAAUAAUUCAAAGACAUGGUAUUGUUUGUAUAAUUGUAUAGUAUUUUUACCAUAAAAAUUAUGUAAAUAUUUUAAUUCUAAAAAUUGUAUUAUAAUAUUUUGAAAUUAUUAAACAAUUAUUACUAUUAGUAAAUAAUAUAUAUAUACCAAUUCUCAUCUGUAUGAAUAAUUCUACAGGGUUUACAAUUCAUUACAAUCUAUUGGUGUAAAUAUAAUGUAUCCAUAAAUGUUGUGAUUAAGGUUACUUUUAACUUAUUAUAAUUCGAUGUUUGAAAUAUUUUUUUUUUAUAUAGCAAAAAAAUUAACCACACCCAGAGAAUUUUAAAGACCUUUAUGCUCAACUAUUUAUUUACAUCGAAAUCACACGCCUACUCAUGUUUGGUGUGUACAUUUGUUAAAUGGACAUAUUUUAAGUAAAUAUAUAGCGUUUG